AUGUCUUCAUCCCAAUCUUUGCGUCCAUCAACAGCUCAAGGAGCUAGAUUUGAUGAUAAGCCUAUGUGGAAUCAUGUCCAGGUGAAAGGCCACCUGUUGAGGCUUCCUCACCAUAAUGUUGAAGGUUGCUUAUCCAUAAGUGAUCAAGUGCUUGAAGCUAUAAGGAAGGAGCAUGAAGCAGCUGAAGCUAAAAAGGCUCAACUAGCCCUAAAUGCAAGGAAAAAAGCAGAGUGCAUCACCAUCCCAGAAGGUUCUGACCUUCUCCGGCAGAAAAAACGCAAGGGAAUGGCCACCGGAGGUGCUUUAACUGAUGCGUUCAAUGUUGCGCAGAGAGAUGUUGCUGACAAAGAUUGUGCACGAAUGUUCUAUGCUAGUGGAUUGGCAUUUAAUCUUGCAAGAUCCCCCUAUUUUCGAAAGUACUCACUGACCCUUGCAAAUAGCAGGUUAGCCGGAUACAUUCCUCCUUCAUACAAUAGGUUGCGUACCACUUUGCUUUCCCAGGAAAAAGAGCAUAUCAACAGGUUGUUACAGCCAGUGAAAGAUACAUGGAAGAAGAGAGGUGUUUCAUUGGUCUCCGAUGGGUGGUCUGAUAGGCAGCGCAGGUCUUUGAUUAACAUAAUGGCAGCAUCUACUGGGGGAGCUAUGUUUAUAAAAGCCAUUGAUGCGAAGGAUCAAGGAUUUAGGAGAAGCAAAUGUGGUUCAAAUGUGACAGACAAUGCCUUAAACUACAAGGCUGCUGGGUUAACUAUUGAAGCCAAAUACCCACAUGUAUUUUGGACUCCAUGCGUUGCGCAUAGUCUCAACUUGGCCUUGAAGAGCAUCUGUGAGCCAGGAGAAAAAACACCUCAAUAUGCCCAAUGUAAGUGGAUUUCAGAUUUGAUAAAGCAAGUGCAUGAUAUUCGUAAUUUUGUUCUCAACCAUAGCAAGGCAAAUUACAUCUUCAAUCACUACUUUAAUCCGAAACUGCUAAGUGUAGCAGAAACUAGAUUUGCCUCUAGUUUUAUCAUGGCUGAACGCUUAAGGGAAGUUAAGACAUCUCUCGAAAAAAUGGUGAUGGAUGCAAGCUGGAAAACCUAUAGGGCAGAUGGAAACACUUUAGCUGAAACUAAAGCUCGUGAGGUGAAAAAAUGCAUUGUUGAUGACACAUUUUGGGAUCAGUUAGAUUAUCUUUUAAGUUUCACCGAACCAAUCAUUGACAUGUUGAGGAUAGUUGACACAGACUCUCCCGUUUUGCAUCUCAUAUAUGAUAUGUGGGAUACAAUGAUUGAGAAUGUGAAAAAGAGGAUAUUUGAACAAGAAGGAGAAGACAUGGAGUUUGGUAAAUCUGACUUUUUCGAUGUUGUGCACCAAAUUUUAGAGAGUAGGUGGAACAAAAGUAAUACCCCUCUACAUUGUAUGGCUCAUUCAUUGGUCCCAAAGUAUUAUUGUGAUGCUUGGCUGAAUAGUGGAGGUAUUGGUGUUGCACGGAUCUCUCCACAUGAGGAUCACGAGGUCUCCCUAAAUAGAAGCAAAUGUUUCAAAAGGCUUUUUCCUAAUGAAUCUGACUUGCGAAAGGCUUAUUCAGAAUAUGGAGCAUUUUCUAGUGGGUCUGAUUAUUUUAGCCACGCUCGUGUUAUCGAUUCCCGAAUGUUUGAGGAACCUAUUUCAUGGUGGGCCAAUCAUGGGGCUUCAACCCCAUUGCUACAAGCCUUGGCCUUCAAAUUGCUUUCGCAGCCCGCAUCUUCCUCUUGCUGUGAGAGGAAUUGGAGCACAUAUUCUGUGAUUCAAAGUGUGAAGAGAAACCGGCUAGCAACAAGUCGAGCUGAAGACCUAGUCUUUGUGCAUUGCAAUCUCCGCCUUCUCUCAAGGAAGAGCGAGGAGUACACAGUAGGUUCUUCGAAAUAUUGGGACAUAAGUAUUGGAGAUCAGUUUGAUAGAGAAGGACAAGAGGUGGCAGAGCUUGCACAACUUUCCCUUGAUGAACCAGAGUUGGAGAAGUUGACUUUUUAG